CUUCUCCCCUCACAAACGCAUCUCCAAACCACAAUCCCAACACUAAACACAACCAUGAAGAAUAAAACGCUCCUUCUUGUAUUUAUCCAUGGCUUCAAGGGCGACCACAAAACCUUCGCCUCCUUCCCCGAUCAUGUCGCCUCCAUCCUCGCCCCCUCCCUCCCCAAUACCACCAUCCUUCCCCUCGUCUACCCCGCCUACGAAACCCGCGGUGACCUUGCCGCAGCCGUUGCCUCCUUCCGCACUUGGCUUCUCGACCACGUUAUCGACCUCGAAGUUGCUGCUGAGACGCCCUCCCCUUCCGUCGCGCCAAGUGUUCACAUCGUCCUCAUAGGCCACAGCAUGGGCGGCAUCGUUGCCGCGGACGCCCUACUCGGAAUAGCGAGCGAGCAGACCAUCUUGCCUAGCGAGGCGAGCCACGGCUCGGAAAAAAACACACUACCGUCGCCGGCGACGAACCUGUUCCCCAAUAUCAGAGGCGUCCUCGCCAUGGACACCCCGUACCUAGGAAUCAGCCCCGGCGUCCUCGCCUACGGCGGCGAGGCGCAUUACAAGGCUGCCUCCAGUACUCUAUCGCAGCUAACUGGACUAGGAAUGUUUGGCGGCGGAACAGCAGCAGCCGCAGCCGCAGGCGGCGCGAAGUCCCCAACAACGCGGAGUGCCGAUACAUUUAAACUGACUGCCGUAGAGGGCAGCGCGAAGGAAGAGAAAAAAGCCGACGCAACGGGAUGGGGAAACUGGGGAAAGCUGGCCGUGAUUGGAGGUGCAGCAGUGCUAGCUGCGGGCGGGGCGGCGGCCUACGCCAAGAGGCGCGAGAUAGGGGAGUUGGUAAACUGGACAACGAGCCAUAUGGCGUUUGUGGGGUGCCUGAUGAGGCCUGAGGAGCUGAGGGCGCGUGUUGCGGGGGUGGAAGCGGUGAGCGCAGGCGCGGAGGUGGGGUGGGUGAAUUUAUAUACCAAGUUGGGACGGGGUGCUGAGGCGGGGACUGGGGCGGGAGGAAGGACGUUUUGCAAUUUACCUAAAGCAGGGAAGUGGAAGGAGGUAGUGAAUGAUAAGGCUAAAGAUGAGGUCACGGCGCAUAUGAAUAUGUUCGCUCCAGUUUUCAACCCAGGCUACGGAAUGCUGACACACCAUGCUGCCGACUACAUCCUAAAGUGGACCGGCCACCUCUUCACCGAGGCUGAGGCCGAGACCGGGCCAGGCUGAUGGCCAUAUUCCCCCCCCCUCCACGGAUGAGUGAUACCCAGACCACUCGCACGCAUUAUGCAAGACCGCCAACAUAUAAUAUCUAUUUCCAGAGCGAUCGUCACGGAUGGGGGAUCACGGAUCACCCGCAGCUUAAUACAGAUCAGAGUCAAGAGGGGCCUCUCACACCAUCUGAGAUCUCUCACCCGAGACUCUAUCCACUAAGAUGGAACUCCCGCGUCUCACCUGCGGUCCCUUUUAAGAUAAAAUGGAGCAGAAUGCAGCCGGCGCAGAUCAUUGCCACACAGCCAAGCGCGCGCAGCCCUGUCUAGUAAUCUAUCAAGUGCUAGGCCCGGUUUAUUCCAAAUACCAUCAAUAUUCUAUAAUGCUCCUUCGGGUGAUUUCAAGAAGGAUUAAAUAAAUAAUAUAAUGUGAUA